AUGUUCAAACAUUUUCUAUGUCAAUUAUUCUCAUCUCAAUGUCAAUUAAAUUCUCUUCGACUUGAUAUUGGUAGUUAUGAUAUUGAUCAGUGUAUAAAAAUAUUCUCUGAUUCAUAUUACAAUCCAAUUCCAAAUCAAGUUCAGUCUUCUUGCAUGACACUUUCUCGUUUAUAUAUUCGCAUAAAAUGCACAUAUUUUCUUGAACAUCUUAUUGAACAUAUGCCUGCUCUUGAACGGCUAUCAGUAGAAUUUAACAAAACAUUAAAUAUUCAACCGCGGUCUGUAUCAUUAAUUGAACAAUUAUGUCAAUCAAAUGGAAAUUGGUAUAAUAAAGUUCCAAAUCUACGAUAUUUUGCUUUGAAAAGUUUCAUUCUAAAUGAUUUGGAAUUUGUCUAUCUGAAAUGGCUUCUUAAUAAUUUAAAUCAUGUUCAAAAACUGAAACUUCGCCUAGGAAAUGAAAAACUAUAUCGAGCAGAUCAAAUAAUAUGGAAAUCGUUUAUUGAUGCAAAUUUUGUUCAACAAUAUUGUUUACCGGACAUUAUAGAUAAUAUAAUAAAUUUUGAUUUCUAUAUAUCUUCUCCUUGUCAAUUAUUACCGAUUGAUGCUGAAAAAGUAAUCAGCUCAUUUCAACGUCAUCCUCUUUUUAUUACUCGUCAAUGGACAAAUAUAAAAUAUUUUUAUGAUCCAAUAAGAUCGUAUCAGCACUUGUUUUCUACAAAUAUCAACAUCACACUUCAAAGCUUUAAUGGCUUAGUUAAUGAUUCGUAUGUUUUUCAAUGGCCAAACAUUCAACAUAUUUCGAUUGAUUUUCAUCCAUCACUUUAUAUAUUUCUUGAGCAACUCGAUGAAAAAUUUCCCAGUGUUUCUUCGAUUACAGUUUAUAUGGAAUAUUAUAAAAGUUUUGAUGAAGCAGAUGUUCAGUUAUCAUUGGCAAAGCCGUUCGAAACAGGACUACACAAGGUGGCCGAUAUUCGAUUUCGAAAUAUUACAAAGCUUACCUUUGGAGAUCGUUUUUUUCGUGAAAACUAUGCUUGUGAUAAAUCAACAGGUCGAAACAAAGAACGUGCGAAAGUACUUGCUCAUCUAAUUUCAAUGCCUGUCCAACUCAAAUAUAUUUUACUUGAAAAAUUCCAAUGGCUUUUACACGUAGUUGAAUAUGCAUUUAAUGAAUUAAAAAAUAAUGCAUUAACUUCUGUUCGAUAUACUGAAUUUGGUAUUCCUAGCUGUCAUUGUGGUAGAAAUGAAUCUGCUUAUAUUGGUAAACAUCUGGUACCAUUUCUCACGAUGUAUAUGCCUGAUUUACAAACAUUACGUCUCUGGCGACCAGAUGAUUUCCCUUGGACAACUGUGCUACCAAAUCGUUCAGAAGGAUAUUUUCGUGAGACUUCCCAUCACCGAUGGUGGACAGUCUUGUACACAUCUGAAUUGAUAGCUCAACAGGUCAGUAUUUUUGAACAAGAUCUUCGUCAAUUAGUAGAACAAUUGAAACACUUUGUCUUUCUUGAUAUUUAUGGUGCAAUUCCUUACCAAAAAGUAGAAGCUUAUCGUUCAAUGGUUCAAACUCGUUUCCCUAACUGUCGAAGUCAUGUUGAUGUAUCAAAAUUUUGUCUAUGGCUUUGA